UAUGGGAGAAAGUGCAGGGAAACGUGCUCGGUGACACACACACAGGAGACGCACACACACACACACACACGGACACACACAGUGCGAUGCGGGCAGCUCGAUCAGGACCAGCAGCAGCAGCGGCAGCAGCAGCGAUGUGGAGGUUUGUUCGAGAAUAAUGAGCCUCGGCCGCCGCCAUCAUCAUCACCAUGUUCCCGGGAGUUGGCUACGCGCUGCUGGCGGGUUUCCUCGGGGCCGUGGCGUCGUCCUCGGCCAAACUGUCCCUGGGAGCGGACUACCUGAAGGGAGUGUGCGAGACCGGACUCCGGACGUGGGGCGAGCAGCGCAGAUUCAGACAAGCGGACGAGACCACCACCUGUGACCGGCUCCACAUCCCUCUGAGGCUGCUGUGUGGCGGACUCCUGUUCACCUGUAACGCUGUGAUGUGGACCUUCCUUGCCAAGGCACUCAGGUACUCCUCCUCCUCCACCCAAACCACUGUGACCACAACCGCCUCCAACUUCAUAUCUUCCGCUUUCCUCGGGCAGCUGAUCUUUGGUGAAGCCCAGAUAACACUGUGGUGGGUUGGGAUCUCUCUGACCUUCUCUGGCCUGCUGGUGCUGCAGAGGGUCGCACCACAGGAGGGACACCAGAGCGCCGUCGCCCAGAAGGAUGAAUGAUCUGUCUGGUCUCCACUAGUUCAGUUCGGCUGGGUUCCUGCUGGCUGUGUGCAGGUGGUGAAGCCGUGCCAGCUGCUGUUCUGAAAUCAGAGGAGAUGCCGACUCUGUCCACGGUGCAGCUUCACUGUGGCUGGUGGAGACGAAGUAACAGACGCCUGCAUCCAGUUUCCCCUGACUUCCCAAUAUCCUCCUCGUCCACAGACUCACAACAAAGCAAAAAUUACACAAGGUUUAUGUUUUGUUUUAACAGCACAACAAUAACUUACGGGCUAACACAGCAGAUGUGAAGGAAGGUGAAUGACUAACUGAAAUAAUUCUACAUUUUGUGAAAUACUUUGAUUUGCUUUCUUGCUGAGAAUAGAGAGGAUUUUUUAUUUGAAUAAUGCCCUAACCCGCAAUGUAGUUGAGUGAUAAAAAACACAUUCUGGAUCCGAACCUUUAACCGGAUCCACCCCAGAGCCUGUGAUUCCCUCCUGGUCUUUGCCUCAACCCUCCACCAGGUUCGGUGCAAAUUCAGUUCUGUUCUUUUUGUGUUAUCCUGAUGAUAAAUAAGGAAACAGACAAGACACAGGCAUCAGUCAAAAACCCAAAAGAUUCACAUUUCAGAAGCUGGUGUCACUAUGGUUUUUGUUAAUUUGGCUUGAAAGUCUCAAAUGAUUAAUCAAAAAUUAAAAGUGCUUGGAGCUUUUUGGAGGAAAAGCACUGAUCCUCUCUUUCAACUCUCAGCAGAAAAAAACAAGAAGCGUAUUUCAGGUAGGAAGACAAAACGUUAUGUGAAUAUAUAAUGUGAGGACCUGUGCUCAUAUUGACUCUUUUGGGUAAAUUGCAUAAUUUCCCAUGUGCAUGGUACCAUCUUAUCAAAUUGUGCGUUAUAAACUGCAGCUGCUUUGAUCACGACAGCUUUCUUUACUUACAUGUCCUUAAGUUACUCAGACACUCACUGUAAACAUCCUACACCGACACUCCGCAUCGUCUGCAUGCUCAGAGCGAUGUUAUACACACACGAAGCUAACGAGGUGUGUUCCACGAGUAAUAACCCCGGUGAUGUAGCGCUGAAAGGCUCCACCCUGGUGUGACGACUUCGCCCGGCACCAGGGUUUUUCUUCUUCUUCUUUCUUCGGCAGCUUGAAUCUUAACCUCAAGAUAUUGAGCAUGACACGUGUUGUGAUCCGGAAGCAGCUGAUCUCCUAGCCAUCGUUUUAUUUAUCUAGUGAAUCAGGCGGUCAAACUGUCUCUCCAGUGUCAGACACAUCACACUGGACUUUUUGGCUGCUUGAGAUUUAUAUAUCCCUGCAUUUGCAAUCUCGUAUUAUUCUGUUGCACGUCGGAAACAUCAGUCCAUAGCUCUCUUCACGUUUGUGGGUUUAUUAGAGCCCUGAGCUUCCCUCUUCAUCCCUGGAGUUGUCUGCAAGAGUGCAAUAACACACUUCCUUUAAAAUCUCAUGUGACACUGUGACGUGUGUAAGCGGAGGAGCUUUGAGCAUCAAUAAUGGAACGUAGAAAAAUGGCAAUACCUGCUACAAGACAGAUGGUUUCUGUUCGCAUGACAUCUGAGGCUGCUUCGUUGAAUGGUGUUUAAAAAAAAGGUUAUAUCACACUUUGCUGUUGUUUGGAUACAUAUCAUAAUAUAACUGCAUAAUGGUAGCUAUCAUACCCGGCUGUAAUAUCCCACGGCAGCGUCGCACAAACAGUUAUAUCACACGUCCUUCCAACCGCUGCUGUGCGGGACUCGUAUCAUGAGAUUUACAUGCAUCCCUGUUAAUGUGACUGCAGUGACAAUGUGGCUAUAUCUCAUACUAGGGGUCAGCUGCGUGGUGUGUGUAGCAGGGCCGUUCACUCACCGUGCAGGAUUUUUUCAGCCCUUGUUUGUGCCUCCAUGUUUUGGGAUCCUGGGUGUGUUGAGUCGUUUAUAAGAGUUGUCAGACAAAUUGGGAAAUUCUGCUUAUUCGCUUUUUGUGGUCGUCUGUAGCUUGAGCCAGAAUUCAAUUAGCCUAGCUUAGCAUAAAGACUAGAAACAGAGGGAACUGGUAGCCUGGUGUUUGCAAGGAUAACAAAACCUUCCUAGGAGCAUCAUCAAAGGCCCAGUGCGUAAGAUUCAGGAAAAAAUCAUAAAUUAAAUAUAAAACAAUUCUCAUAAUGUUUUCACUAGUGUGUAAUCAUCUACAUUGUGGCGGGAAAACGAAUACAAGCAGACUCUCCCAAAAUGUCAAACAACUCCGUUAACAUACGGUACCUUUAAUAUCUGUGACUUAUGCUUUUUUUUUGAAAAUGUUAUCGUGCCUGGCUUUAAUUUCAACUUAACGGCAUGGCAGGAUGUGACCUAAUGUGACCUGAGGGAAAACCAUGGACCUGUGAACCCACUCUCAGUGUAAUAUAACCAAUCAGAGCUCUGCAGUAGCCACAUUUAAAAAGCCCUGUGACAGAGGCAUGGCCCUGAGUGGGAUGCAUUUAUGUCUAUGUGCACAUUAACUGUAGAUGAGGACGAGCUCAUGUGCUUUAAGUAUCAGAAACCAUUGAAUCAAUAAGGAUUUUAAGUAUUUGAAGCUGUACUGUUGACAGCAGAGCCACACAAGUGUGUUCAGUCCUAAUAUUUUGAAUUUAAAGUGAAAAGCUUGUCUGUGUUGGCUCUCUCCAAACGAGCAGACCACGAUAAGAAGGAGUGGCUGAUUGCUCUGAUUUAAACCUGACAAUGUGUUUUACAGAUGUUUGUAAAGUGUAAAUAUAUUCUGUUGAUAGCAGACACUUAAUGGAUGAUGCGUGAAUUGUCGUCUCCGCCCGAGAGAAGAAACACUGUUAAAUUAUUAAAUAAACAUCUUAUCCGACAAACAAGCUUCCUGUGUCCGUCGCUCACGUCGGCUUUAGGGAGACGUUCAGGAGACGGCUUCACACAGAGCGGCUUCUCCGAGCUGCUCUUCAUCCAUACAAGUACAAUGAGAUGUGAAGGUCUGUGGUUCUCCUGCAGCGAAGAGGAACUGAACCCAUUAAGCUCAGUGUCCUUUCUUUGCAUUCAAACAUGAUGUUUUAAUACAGAGGGCUUACUGUAAUACAGCUGGAUGGGAUGUUUGCCUUGAGCUAAUCUACAUAUACUUAUACUUUUCCCAUUUUAAAGAUGUUAAAUAAUGGUAUGCAAAAGAAAGUUAUCAAUUAGUUUAAAGGAUGUUUGCCUAUUUUCAUUACAAUUUGUAAUUGUUUGGUUUUAAGCAGUAUCUAAUAUCCAUUAAUUU